GGGUAGAAAGGGGGAAGAGAAGGACGAGAGAAUGUGAGGGAGCCAGGAAGAGGAGAAGGGAGCGAUCCAGUGGAGGAGAGUAGUGGCCAGAAGGAGUGAAAGGAGGGGGGUGUCCAGACUCGACGGACUGGACAGGCUCAGCAGUGCCUUGAUGGAGCAUGGGUCAGGUUCUAGGAUUCUCUCAUUGCAAAGAGUUUGGCUCUGUCUCCUCAACACCUGACUCCACUCCUCCCUGUACAGAUGGUGGUAAUGAAGAGUCAGACUUUCCAGAGCUGAUAACAGCACGGGAGUGGUCUGAGGACGAAGAAGGCCUGGAGGAUGAUGAUGGUGGCCUUAGUAGCCCCUCUGUUUGGGGCACCCCUCGUCAGAACUCCUUUGAGCUUACGUUCUCCUACAUUGCCUUCUCUGAGGGUGAAGGGUCAUCACGCAGAGACUCAGGCCGACGCAGGGCAGGGGGCAGGGGUAGGCAGGGCUCACUUCAUCGAGUGGACACUGUGGAAACUCUCUUACCUCCAGACUCACCCACUGUGGAGUGGGACCCCCAUGCCUUCUUGAGCAGGGAAGGGGAGCUGGAAGCUAGUCAGACCAGGGAGCUUCCUGAACCAACAGAGAGCGUCAAUAGGACUCUAGAGCCCCCUAUACAAGACAUGGAGGAAACUUCUGAUAAAGACACAGGGAUGCCCGGAGAAGUGAAAGAAAUCUCAGGCAGCCAGACACACUGCGUUACAGAGAGUUUGCAAACUCAACAGCUUCAUGGAUCAGAGCCCCCUGUCACUACGGAAACCAUGGCCACAUCGCAGACUGAGGACACAUUACGCCUAACGCCACCUCUGAUUGGUCGAAACACUCAGGAAAAGCUGACCAGAGAACGAUGGAUUUCUACUCUAGACCUAUCAGAGGGGCCAACAAUACACAUCCACAUAGCAGUAAUGGACCUGGUCUACUGGAAGGACACAGAGAGGACAGGCAUGGUGUUCACUGGGCUGGUGGUGGGCCUGCUGUCCCUCUUCCAGCUCAGCAUCAUCACUGUGGUCUCGACUCUUUCUCUGGCCAUCCUGUGCUUCACCAUCUCCAUACGGAUAUACUGCAAAGUCUUACACGCCCUGCAGCUCAGAGACAGUGUACACCCCUUCAAAUCAUACCUGGACUUGGACAUUGGCCUGGUUGGAGAACAAGCAGACCACUAUAUGCAGAGAGCAAUUGUUCUAAUCUGCUCUGCUGUGGAUACACUGAAGCGCCUGAUCUUUGUGGGUAACCUGUUUGACUCCCUCAAGUUUCUCUUGCUGAUGUAUCUGGUGACGUAUCUGGGAGCCCUUUGCAAUGGCCUUACUCUGCUCAUCAUCGGUGUGAUUGCUGUCUUUUCUGUACCCCUGUUCUACACUCGGCACCAGGAGAAAGUGGACACCAUCCUUGCAACAGUACAAGCCCACGUUGACAACAUUAAGGACAUCCUGACUCGACUAUCCCAGGGUGGCGGCCCUCCCCCUGACUCCACCGGUGGAGCCAAGCCCAAAAGCCAGUGAAGUGUUACAGAGGGCAGUGUCAGAAAGGAUGAGGGAGGAGCAAUAGGCUGUCACUCAGAUGUCUUAAUCAACUGUUUGGAGCACCACUUUGAGAGUAAUAGAGGGUAAUGAGAUAUGGUGUAGCCUGAACAAGGAAAUAAGGAUCUAUGAAGGAUGAACAUGAGGCACUAUUUAGUCAUGCAUGGCUCAGUGGAGUCCUGAAACUCUGUCUGGAAAAAAGAAGAAAUUGAUGAUGUCAUCAAACCAUCAAGCCUUGAACACAUGGGGUGGUGCACCAGAACUUUUUUGAAACAAGAAUGACCAGAGUCUGCACUAAAGAUGAGCCAAAAUCAAGUAGCCCAGGACCAGAGUGCCAGUUCAUCUUUCACUUUUAACAGUUUUAAAGAGAAUGACUUGUGUGUAUGUGUGCAGUUAUGGAUGUGCAGCUUCAUCCUGUGACAAUAUGUGAGAUAUUAAAACUGCAGUAUCAUUUUCUUUUUCUAUUGUUUUCCUUUGGCCUUUCUGAAUCCCUCUUUAAAACAAGACCUCUUUCAUGCAAAGCUUUGUCACAUAUUCCUUUUAAACUUAGAUCCAUUACAAGCCUAUGAAAAUGAAAUAUAUUGUUAUUUGUUGUCAGUAUAUAAUAUUCCAAAACAUGUUGUAGCAUAUUUUCAACACAUCGCUUUAUUUUAUGCUGAAAGGAGGCUGAUUAACCCAGUGUUGCAGACACACAUCACUACCACCAAAUGCAAUUAUCAAACAUUUUUCAUAAGCAUUUGCUAAAUUGAAUGAGUUAAAUUUUCACUUUCUUAAAGCAGAAUUCCGCUGAUUUUUCCAAAGUUCGUAAACAAAAUGUGAAAUGAUUCAUUGUACAGAAACCUGCUGAUUCAGAUUUCUUCACAGUGGUGGUGAUAGGAACCAGGGGUUACAAUAUCUACGAUGCAUACUGUAUAUAGCCAUUUUACUUUAACUAUUCAAAACAACCAGCGAACCUACACAUCAGUAGCAUUGUCUGACCUGGACUUCCGGGACUCUAGCCCUGAAUAUUUACUUUUAACCAGACCUGGACCUUAUAAUGUUAACAUAUCAUGUUUCAUUCUGGCUCGUUUGCAUAGUUUUCUUAUCAUCCAUUGCUUCGUUCAGGGUCAUGUUCACCUCCUCCCUUAAACACCAGAGCUUUUACAAACACAGCUAUAAAGUCAUUAGAGAGGGAGAGAGAGACAGACACAGAGAAAAAGAGAGAGAGCAAGAGAGGGAGAGACAGAGAGAGAGCGUGCAAGAAAGAGGGUGCUUGAGAGCUCAUGUAAGAAAGAGAGGAAAUCCAAGAGAGUGUGAGAGAGAGAGAAAGAUUAAUGGAGAAAGAGAAAGAAAGAGGGAGAGACAGAGAGAAGGAAAGAAAGUAAGAGAGUGUGUGCAAGAGAAAAAAAUGCUUGCAUGCAUGACAUUUCUGUCAAAUCUACUAUCACCUGUCACUCUAUUACUAAACCAAACAUACCAAGCCGGAUGCUGUGCGUGAAAAAAUCUGUCCUACAUCUGAUAUUUUGUAGGGCCUAUUAGGCACAGGUGCACUUAAUAGACUUCUUAAACAUUUAUCAAGACACUAACAACAUUACCUGGAUGGAAUAGCUUGUUUUGAGUUAGCUUUUUUUUCCAUUUUCGGUUACAAGCAUGUUUUUACAAGCAUAUUUUUCCACAUCUUUUGCACUGGCCCCUUUAACUCAUUUAAAUCUGCCACCAGAUGAGUUACAAUGUUGGCUUGACCAUGUUGGCCACAAGGAAAUAUAUCAGAGUCUUCUACGUGCUAUUACUUUUUUUUAUCUCUGUAUAAAAGACACACGAGUCUUCCUUUAUUGCUGGAUGCACUGUGAGAUUUUCCAAGCAAGCAUGCAAACGCCUUCAGAGCACAUUUGUGAUCAGUAAAAGCUUAUUAUUGUUUUCUUUUAAAAAAGUAAUGACAAAACACUACUGACAUGUGGCUUAUUUUCCUUACUGAUGUUUUCCUGUUUCCUACUGAUGUUUCAGCUGUGUUAGAUCAGUUUUUUUUACAUAUCAAAAACUGUGAAUGCAACAACAGAGGAUUAAGCAACAUGAAAAGCCAUACUUUUGUGUUGACCUUAAAGGGUUAAAAGCAUUACUUGCCAGAGACUUCCAGUUCCUAUCAUCACUACUGUUUCUCCAAAAGAGAGUAUUUCACAUCAAAACACUCUCAGUGACUUUGUUUAUAUCUUAAUUAUUGAGCUUUAUUUUUUUUAAGGGGAAUUCCAAUUUAAGAAAUCUAAUAUCCUACAAAAUCCACUGAGGAAACUCCACUGUCAUUAAAGCACUAAUCAAGUAUCUGUCAUAGGAUGUGAUAUUUACAGUGCGUCUUAUUUGAUGCAUUAACGUAAAGACAAGAACGCUGUAAUGCCAAAGUGAAUCUACUGUGCUUGAAAGUUGAUGACUGUGUUAAAUGCACACCUACAACAACUGUCCUAAAUACAAUCAGGCAUGUUUUAAAUGGUGAAUGCCUGUCAAUAGACAUCAGCCUUUUACACCAACUUUGGGCCAGCUUUCUCACUCAUGCUAGAAUUAUCUUGAAGAAAGUGUUAUAAUUUGGCUUAUGAUAAUAAUGCUUGAACAGAAUGAAAACUGGUAAUAGCUGAAUGAGCAGUUGGUGCAAACUAAAGCCAUUCAGCACAGGAUCUGAUCUAUUUCAGAGAAAGAAACUCUUCUGUGUUGUAAAUUCUCCUAACGGAGUCACCAAUGACCCUAAAUAGCCUCCUGGCCAUCCACAUAAAGUGAAGUGUCCUAACACAGUCCAUGCCUUUGUGUGAAUCACUAAACACAUUAAAGAUUCACUGCUAGUAUUGAUCAAAUUGAUUCACACGGGACAAAGUGCCCAGUCCUGGUGGCUUGCCUUAAUUCUUUUUUUAUUAUGUGUGAUGUGUGAUGAGAGAGUCUCAGCACAUAGAGAUCUGGGCAUGGUGAAGGGGAGCAUGAUAUUGUCCAAAUAACCUUUCAAAAGUCCUGACUGUCCCACUGCAAAAUAUAUAUAUAUAUAUAUACAUACAUACAUCUUGGCAAGUGAAAGCAUCUUAAAUGUAAAGUAUCUAAAGGAAAUAUCUCAAAUAUUACUGAUCAUGAGCGUGUUUUAGGGAUGCUAUUUAAGGUGCUCUCAUUUUUUUAAAGUGCAGUGGUCAUGUUUUUCUUUGGAAUUGUAUGGACAGGUUCCUGCAGACACUGAUGUCUUUCAUUGCAACUGUUUUGAAGAAUAUUGUACAUUUUGUUUAGAUACUGUAAAACUACAGUAAAUUUUCUUUGAGAGGUAUUAUGGUAUCCUACUGUGCCCAAAGAUGAUCCACUACUCUGUGCUGCUUCUUCAAUGAUCCUUCAUUUCCCUCUGUUCUCUAAAAAUUGUACAUGUAAACUAAACUUGAAUGAGAAAAAAAAGGUUUCAAAUGACAUUGUACUGUAUUUCACGUCCUUCCACAGAAAAGCCACCAGUGUUCAAGUCACACCUGCUACACACUGGAGUUACUCUGGUGAACACUACAGGUGUUAACGCUGCUGAUUUGACUGUCACCGACUCUCUAUCUCUCCCCUAAGCCUUUUUGUAUUCUUAGCAAGAAAGAACAAUUCUUGAAUCUUGCAAUAAAUAAGUUGGAAAUAAAUAUGGAAAAUGAACAAAUGAA